AUGGAGGAGGUGACCUCGGUGAGCAACGCUUCUGCCGCACCCGGCAAUGGAAGCGCGGGGAGCGGGCAGGGAACGGCGCCUUCGGACCUCGUGGAGGAGGCGCGGUGGGGCUGGUUGGGGGCGGCGCUGAUCUCGCAGGGCCUGUUGCUUCUCACCAUCUUCGCGCUUUCUACGCUGGGCAACGGCGCCGUGGUGGUCAUCAUCGCCCGGCACCGGCAGCUCCGGACAGUCACCAACGCCUUCGUGCUGUCGCUGUCGCUCGCCGAACUGCUGGACACCCUUCUGUGCCUGCCCUUGGCCUUCGUCGGCCUUCUCAAUGGGCGCCCACACGGGAGCUGGAUCUUCGGGCGCCGCCUCUGCUUGGCCAGCGCCACCCUCCACGCUGGCUUGGGCAUCGCUGCCACCCUGACCAUGGCCCUACUCUCCUUUGACCGCUACUGUGCCAUCGUACGCCAGCCGCUGCAUAAAAUGGGCCGCCGGAGAGCCACGCAGCUCCUGGUUGCUGUGUGGUUGGCCGCUCUGGGCUUCUCAGGGCCUUGGUACCUGCUGGCCCAGGAGGAGGAGGAAGAGGAGGAGCAGCCUGUUGGGCCAAGCCCCGCUGCUUCCUACCAUUGCAUGUAUGUGUUGCCUUGGGGCUCUUCCCAUUUGGGUCCCCCUUAUAGUGCCACUUUGAUUGUCCUCUGUUAUCUGCUGCCCUUUGCCCUCAUGUGCUUCUGCCACUACAACAUCUGCCGGGCGGUGCGACUGACCGAGAGCAGGGUGCGCCCACUCACCACUUACGGGCACCUCCUGCGUUUCUAUGGUGAGAUGCGCACGGCCACCACAGUUCUGAUUAUGAUCGUCUCCAUCAUCUGCUGCUGGGGCCCUUAUUGCAUAUUAGGCUUGGCUGCUGCCACGGGACACUUCUCCUUUUCCCCAGCCAUAGACACUGUGGCAAGCUGGAUGGCCUGGGCCAAUGGUGCCAUCAACCCCCUCAUCUAUGCCACCCGCAACCCUAACAUUUCUCUUCUUCUUGGACGCAAUCGGGAAGGAGGCUAUCGGGCUCAAAAACCUGUGGCUGCCUAUUUGGCAGCUGCUCAGAGUCAUCGGCUGGAGAGCAAGAACCGGGCAGCACGCUAUGCCAGCUAUGGGCAUGGCAGUGGGGGCAAUGUAAGGAAUAAUCUAACCUGCUCCAGUCCAGGCACUGGUAGAGAAGUGGCUAUGUGGGCUUUUAGGAACCCAGCAGUACUUUUCUGCCGUGAUGCGCAACCUGGUUCAGCAUCUGAAGUGGGCUUGACACACAAAUCAGGCAAUGUUGAUACUUCCCUGUGAAUCAAAAUGGCUACAUGAAUUGGAAUUAAUUUGGUGACAAAAUCUAUAUUAAUCAAAUGUAUGUUACCUGAUGGGGAGAAUAAUAUAUCUUGGAAAAUGGGCAUGUGAAGCAAAGGGAUCAAAUUAACUUCUGGUCUUCUGAAAAACUUCUGCUUUUUAAUGGCUUAUUAUGGCAAUUUGAUUUCUGCUAUGUAUGGUCUCCUUGAGAGCAAGAGUUAAAAGCUAUAGGCAACGCAUGAAAUAAAAUGGGUAACAUUUACUGGGUGAUGAUUUAACAAUGCUAUAUGGCUGUAUCCAUAAGACUACUGACUUGCACACUAGCCAAGCACAUGUUAAACUAGUGUAUUGUGUGAACUACAAAACUGGAUUGAAAAAAUCAGGGCUUAAUAUAUGGGGUAAACAUAAUCUGUGGGAACUAGCCAACUAGCACUGAGCUAAAGGAUAAAUCAAGAAUGGACAUUCUGGAGAAAUUAGAGAUGUCUCAUUCGCAGAAUAACAAAAAAAGAGGUGAAUCACUUGGGAAAGAUGAGCAUUGUAAGAUCACAGUACUAGACUGGGUAUGUGAAAGAAAAUAUUACUCAUCAUUAAGCCUGCUGUCACAAACACCGUUGAGUAAGCUGGUCUGUUGAUGAUGAAGUAGCAUUUUCGUAUUAAUGAAAUAUCACAGAAAAAAUGCACUUCUAAAAUUUACCCAUUUGUAGUGUGCUUUUUUUGACAGUUUAUUGCUAAUGUACCUUCAGAAA